AUGGUUUUCUGGCUUGCUGAGUCGGUUGGAACUCUACUCAGUGGAUUUCCACAGUCUGCUGCCUACACGAAUCUAAACGGUGUGCACGGUCACGCUGGCUGGCGCUGGUUGUUUAUCAUCGAUGGAAUUAUCACACUGCCACUUGCGCUAGCUGGCUUUUUCUUCUUUCCCAACCUCCCACAGGACGGGAAGAAAACAUGGUGGACGACAGAGGAAGAGCACAUUCUUUCAGUCAAGCGCAUGGAGGCCAUUGGUCGUGCUGGAAAGGAGCCUUGGACAGUAGCCAAGGUCAAGCGAAUCUUGCUCAACUGA